AUGCGCGCAGUUAUCCUCUCAGUCGUCUUUGGGCUCGGUGUCCUUGCCGACGCGCUCUAUCGCGACUAUCCUCACCUUAUCAUUCCGCUCGAUGCCAAAGCGCCUGACAAGGCGUAUGGGACUGUUCCGACAUUCCACAUCUCGAACGACAACUGGACCGCAGCAAAUUGGGACGUGCCAAACAAUAAUGCCACCCGGUGCCAACUUGGCUUCACCAUCAACACGGACGAGAACCGCGGCGCGCCCUGGUCUCUUUGGGGCGUCAACGAUGAUGAGGCAUAUCUCAUCAAUAUUGUUGCGCUGGAAAACGACUCUAUCAAACCAAACACUACAUUCAUCAGCCUACCGAAGUCCGGUGUUACCGUCGCCACACUUGCUGUAAAAAGUUCCGGCGAUACCAAUCUUACAAUGGUGAAAGAACUCGUCUGCCAGAAAGGGCAGGUCGCAUCGUUCUUGCUGCAGCCAGCGGACCCAUUGAGGCAGUGGGACAGCGGAUUAUCGUGUGUGAGGCUAUGCCAAUCCGUGCAAACUGCUGGUUACAGAGCCAUGCCCUGUUUUUCAUCAUCUCACACGACGGUGCAUAUCAGGCAUAAUGUUGAUCGCCACAACCAGGGCCAGCGCGGUUGA